AUGGCGGCAAACUUCUGCUAUGUGUGCUACAGCACCGAGCUGUCCAACAGGGACGGCGUACUGGUCUGCGACGCCUGCGGCACGCAAGCCCAGGGAGCGAUAGAGGAGCAGGAGUAUCAGCAGGGCAUAGACGAUGGCAAGGCAAAGAAGAGGAUCAAGGCGACCACCACGCAGGCCACCGUGGCGGCGACCGCCAACGUGGAAAUCCAGGAGCGCCGCGCGAAGGAGGACCUGCGGGCCGCGGCGCUCUCGUACUGCUUCGCGCUGCAGCGCCUGCUGCAGGUCGAGUCGGUGAUGCGGCAGGUGUGGCUGGCGCUGCUGCCCAGGACAGGCAUCCUGGAGCCUGAUUACUUCCGCCGCCCAAAGCGCCCCGGGCCAGACGCCGCCGGUGGGGGCGAUAGCGACGGCGGCGGCGGCGGCGGCGGCGGCGCGGGAGCGACCCCAGCGGCCGGCCGCCAGCACGGCAGCACAUCAGCUGCCACAAACGACGCAAUGACAGCGGCCGCCUCGGCUCAGGCCGCCCGGCCGAUGCGGCUGCGCGCCGCCCUGUGGCGCCACUUGUCGCCGCAGGCGACCCUGCGUGUCGCCUUCUUGGCAUGCCACCUGAUGCGCGAGGCGGUGACGCCCGCUGACAUCAUUGCUUGGGCGGCGGUCGGGCAGCUGCCGUUUUUCGAGCUCCCGGCCUUCGCGGCUGAUGCGGGAACGGCGGCCGCAGGCGCGGCCAACAAGUCGGCAGGGGGGUCCGCUGUGGCGCUCGCGCCGCUGCCGGCGUUGUGCGUGACGCCGCAGAUUUGGGACACUCCCUCGCGCCUCGCGUCCCACGCGCGCGCGCUCGCGUCCGCGCUCGGCCUGCAGCUGCCGCCGGUCAACGGCGAGGCGCUGCUGCGGCGCGCGGCGCUGGAGCUGGGCGUGCCGCCCGCCGUUUGCGGCUGCGCGCAGCAGCUGCUGCGGGUGCACCUGGUCGGCCGGGCGGCGCUCGAGCUGCCGCGCGGCCGGCUGAAGGCGGGGGCCGGCGGGGAGCGGGCGGCGGACGCCGCGAGCCCGUACGCGGCAGUGAUGGCGUGGUUGCUGGUGGCUGCCAAAGUCAUGUACGGGAUCGGAGCCACCAGCGGAAGCCGAGGAAGCGGAAAUUGGCCCGCAGAGGGGUCACCAGGGGCGUGUGCGGCCACGUCUGCGCUGCCCGGCGCGCCGCCGCCGCCGCCGUCGUGGACGCACUGGGCGGCGGCGGCGCUACGGCGGAUGGAGCUGGCCAGGGGGGGCAUCCCGGGGUCGCCUGCUCAGGCAGGCGCCCUGGAGGGCGCCGAUGCUGAUGCGUACCUGCGGCUCUGCCUGCGGGUCAUGUUCGCGCAACGGCCGGGCGCCGGCACGGGCCGCAGGGCGGGGGCCGGCGGCGCGGCGGCGGGCGGCCCGGCGCUGGCGGGCGGCGGCGGCGGGGAUGGGGAGGGGGGCCUGUCGGAGUUCCGGCAGCUGUUCCUUGGGCUUUGGGAGGAUGCGGCGGAGGAGGGCGAGGAGGGCGAAGAGGAGCAUGAAGAGGACGAGGGCGAAGAUGGGGACAGGGGCCGCCGCGCCGCUCGGCGGCGAGAGGGGGACCCGGGUGCAGGCGCAGGGAUGGAGGACGGCGGCGGCCUGGCGUCGCCGGCGGCGGGGGCGGCGCCAGAGGGCGAGCGCGCUGGCGGGGCUGGCGCGCCGCCGGGCGCAUUUGCUGCCGCCAGCAGCCUCGGGCGCGCGCACCCGGACUACGCGGCUCUGCUGGCCGCGUGCGCGGCCUGCGCGCGCGUUCCCCCGGUCGCGUUGCACCGUGCAGUGGUGAAAGCAGAGGCCGUGGUGAUUGCAGCCGAGUCGGCGGCGCUGCUGGCGCGAGAAUCUGGCGAAGCGCUGGGCGGGUGGGCGCCAGCGGCGGGCGCGCUGCAGCCGCUGCUCGCGGUGAACGGAGGCAGCAACCUCGCAGAGCAGCUGCUUAUGCUGGCGCAGCUGCAGGAGCAGCAGCAACAGCAGCAGCAGCUGUCGAUGGGAGCGGAGGAGCUGAUGCAGGCCGCGCUCCUGGCGCACGGCGCAGGCGGCGCGGCAGGAGACAGCAGGCAGCGCCGCGCCUCGGACGCGGACUACGCGCCUAUGGACGACGGCAGCAGCGGCGCGUCGCCCGACCCCGAGGGCACCAGCAGCGGCGCGCCCCCCGGGCGCUCCGGCCGCCGCGGGGGCUCGGGCAAGGGCGAGCAUGUGGAGCAGAUGCGCUCGAAGCUCGACCGCUUCAAAGAGAAGAACCGGCUGGCGCAGCAGCGCUUCCGCGCUCGCCAGAAGGCCACGAUGGAGGACCUGAAAGCCCGCCAAGUCCACUUGGAUGACCAGCUCAAGCGGCAGCGCAGCCAGCUUGCGGCGCUGCAGAAGGAGAACGGUUUCCUGCGCACCAUGCUGCGGGAACAGCAGGGUGAGGGGGCCGCCCCGGGCGCAGGCCCCGCGGCCGCGACGGACGCAUGCAGCGCCGCCACCUGA